CUUCAACUGAGUAACUAUCAAUCAAUUUCUCCACCAAAAUAUUAUCAUUUCUUUGUCUUUAAUCACAAUUAAAUUGUUUUCUAAUUUUAAUUAGUUGUGACUUUUCCUAAUUGUUCUUCUGUUGAUCACUUUUACUAAUUAAAAUGGAGCUUGAUAAGGAAGAGGUUUUAAACGAAUUGAUGAAUUUUGAAAAAAACUAUGGACGUGACUGCGAAAGUGGUUUACCUGAUUGUCUGGAAAGAUUCCUGAUCAAUAUUGCUAAAUCCGGUGACACAAUUUAUCCUUGGAAUAAGAUUAAACCUGUGAUUUUGAAGAAAAUUGAGCUCGUGGUCAAUGAGUUUAAUACCAAAUAUCCUUAUGAAAACAACCCGGUUCUACCUAAUGUUAAAUCAUUCAAUUUUCAAGAGAUGAAAGAUGAAAUAAUUGAGAAAUUUGAUUACUUUUAUGGAGCACCAUUUACCAUUCAAAGGAUUUGUGAGCUUCUUACCGAUCCAUCUAAAUAUUAUAAAAGAUCCGACAAAUUUAUGAGAGGUCUAGAGAAAAAUGUUCGUGUUAUAUCAACAGUUGAAGCAAGAAGAGCAGAUAUUGAAAAUGAGCCCAAAUGCUUUCAAAGAGAUUUUUAUCGCAGUUCUUCACCUUUACCUUCUUCAUCUUCCUCCAAUAUUCUCUCAUCUUCACCUUCAUCGUCAUCUUCAUCAACCUCAUCUUCGCCAUUGUCUUCUGCUUUCAUGAAUGGAUUAAACGACAAAAACGAACCUACAUCACCCGGGUUGUCUAUUUCCAGUCGAUUAUCACAAUCCUGUUCUCCUCUUCAAGAUCAAGGACCAUUGCCCAAUUCUCCCGCUCCCUUACAACAGCUCGAUAGUUUUACCACUGUUUUCGCUUCACCUCCAUCCACCCCACUUGCUGUUGUAUCCGAUAUUCAUCCUUAUGAUGGAGGUUCACCAUCAUCGUCUAGUUCAUCUUCAUCUGAAUCCUCACCUCAACCUUCAUCAUCAUCUUCACCUCCCCCAAGUUUAGCUCAUGAUGAAAAUGAGCUCAAUCAAUCAGUCGAUACCGAUUUUGAAGAUAACAAAGAUAAAGACGAUGACUCUAACGGAAGCAAAUCCGAAGAUUCGAACGAGCCUACAAAACUUGCCGAAGAUAAAACCAAUGUAGUGGAACAAGGUGAACCAAUGGAUCAAACUGAUGGAGCUCAGGAGAAAUCAGAAAAAGAUUCAAUCAAAUUAGAUACCCCGAGCUACAAGUUUACACCAUUUAAACCAUUUAGCAGUAUGGAUUCCCCUAAUGAUGUUACACCUAAAUCACCCAGAUUUCAACCAUUUAGCAGUAUGGAUUCCCCUAUUGAUGCUACCACUAACGAAGGGAAGGAGAAAUCAGAAAAAGAUUCAAUCAAAUUAGAUACCCGCGCUACAUUUUUACACCAUUUAAACCAUUUAGCAGUAUGGAUUCCCCUAAUGAUGUUAACUAACGAAGGGAAGGAGGCAAUCGUCGAGCAAUGUUCCGUGAAGGAAUCUAACAGCAAAGAAGAAAAUACUUCAGAAAUUACUGAAUCUACUUCAAGCCUUAGUGAAAGUUCAUCGGAAAAGAAUCAAGAAGAUAUUAAAGAAUCGCCUUCAAUCAUAGAUGAUCAAACCUUAGAUGAAUCAAUUGAAUCUAAAGCAUCUCAACAGAUUGUCGAACCUGUUGAGACCUGCCAAAGUUCUGUUGUUGCAUCAACAGACUCAUCUCAAUCAUCUGGUCAAAAAGAGGAAACUGAUGGAGGAGAUGAUAUCAAAUGUGGUGGAGACUCUUUAAAAGAAAACAAUGAUUCAAUUAAGAUAGAAUCAAUUAAUAGCUUAAAUACUUCAGUUGAAGAAAAUUUGACUCAAGAUAAAGAAGACCAAGAAUCUAAUCAAGAACAACCAACAAGUUCAGGAUCAUCAACAGUUUCUGAAGAGGAAACAGCCGACAACAGUGUAACCACAAGCAAUCAACAAUCCAACAUUGACGAAAAGCCUGAAUCUCAUUAAUUAGCCCAUUUAUUAAUCCAUUUGAAAGAAACAAAAUCUAUAUAUACAUUGACAAGAAAAACAAUACACAAUUUAGAAACAGA